AUGAAUGAGGUAACCCCACUCAAGUACCUGGCACCUGGAGGUCCUUUAACUUUGGCUCCAUUUCCCUCCCCGACACAAGCCACUACAUGAUUUGAUCUAAGAACUGAAGUGGAUAAUGCUUCAAAAUGAAUAACCAAACUUGUCUCCCAAUUCCCCAAAUCUGAGGACCUACAAGUGUACUUCUGCUCGCAGGAGAAGGAAACAAAUUACUCUCCGCCAAGUCAGUAACAGUGGGCACGAAAAGACCAUGAAAAGACCAGACCAGACCAGACCAGACCGGACCAGACCGGACCCCACCACUUGAGCAGCAUGCUUUACUCUCAAGGUCUUCACAAAACGCUGGAGCGCGGGGCGGACUCCGCCGGGGACUAACUUCUCACAAUCCUGCGGCGACUUAAAGCACCACGUUCGGGGAAAGCCACGCAGCGGGGCUGAACUAUGACCGUUUCGGUGCCGACAGGAAGACAGUUCACGCGACGGAGGCCAGCGUUCAGGGCGCGCCUCCUCACCUGCCUCCGCCCUGCGCGUCCUCGCGCCCUCCAGUUCACCCCCGGAGCACCCCGACAUCAGGUGCCAAGUCACAAGUGCAAAGAAACUUGCUCCUCUCAGCAGCGAGGGCCCGGCCGCGCCGCCAGGCCCCUGGCAGCUCACACACAGCGCCCGAGUGGAGGUUUCGGCUCUUGUGUCCUAGGCCCUCAAGUAUCGUGAGCUGUUACAGGAAUGGGUUUCUGAUCAUCUGAGUCUCAACCAUGUUGUCAGACUGCUUGCAAAAUUUCUUAAAAAUCACAAGCCCUCAUCUAGGUUCAAGAUUAUGCCAGCCAUUAAGAGGAGGCAAAAGGCGGCUUUUCGGAACCGUGCCGACGUCCAGAUUUCGUAGGCGGGUUGUCAUUACAGGCAUCGGCUUAGUGACUCCUCUGGGUGUUGGAACUCAGCUGGUAUGGGAUCGUCUUAUCCGAGGAGAGAGUGGAAUUAUGUCACUGGUCGGUGAGGAGUAUAAGAGUAUCCCUUGCAGUGUUGCUGCUUAUGUGCCAAGAGGUUGUGAUGAAGGUCAGUUCAAUGAACAAAACUUUGUGUCCAAAUCCGAUAUCAAGUCCAUGUCUUCUCCCACCAUUAUGGCCAUUGGAGCUGCAGAGUUAGCCAUGAGAGAUUCCGGCUGGCUCCCUCAAUCAGAAGCUGAUCAAGCCGCUACUGGAGUUGCAAUUGGCAUGGGGAUGGUUCCUCUUGAAAUUGUUUCUGAAACUGCUUUGAUGUUUCAGACAAAAGGUUACAGUAAAGUCAGCCCAUUCUUUGUCCCUAAGAUUUUGGUCAAUAUGGCAGCAGGCCAGGUCAGCAUUCGAUAUAAACUCAAGGGCCCCAAUCAUGCAGUGUCUACAGCCUGUACCACAGGAGCUCACGCUGUGGGAGACUCUUUUAGAUUUAUAGCCCAAGGUGAUGCUGAUGUGAUGGUGGCUGGAGGGACAGAUUCUUGCAUUAGUCCUCUGUCUCUCGCUGGGUUUUCCAGAGCCCGUGCUCUGAGCACAAACCCUGAUCCUAAGUUGGCAUGUCGACCGUUUCACCCAAAGAGAGAUGGGUUUGUCAUGGGAGAAGGUGCAGCUGUGCUGGUGCUGGAAGAAUAUGAUCAUGCUGUUCAACGAGGAGCGCGAAUCUAUGCAGAAGUUUUGGGCUAUGGACUUUCAGGUGAUGCUGGUCACAUAACUGCACCUGACCCUGAAGGAGAAGGAGCCUUAAGAUGUAUGGCUGCAGCUGUAAAAGACGCAGGUGUACAACCUGAAGAGAUAUCCUAUGUCAACGCACAUGCGACUUCCACCCCAUUGGGAGAUGCUGCUGAAAACAAAGCUAUCAAACAUCUUUUCAAAGACCAUGCACCUGCCCUUGCAGUUUCGUCAACCAAGGGAGCCACAGGACAUCUGUUGGGAGCUGCAGGGGCGGUUGAGGCAGCUUUUACAGCUCUGGCUUGUUAUUAUCAAAAACUACCACCUACUUUAAACCUGGAUUGUACAGAACCAGAAUUUGAUCUCAAUUAUGUUCCACUAAAGGCACAGGAAUGGAAAAUUGAGAAAAGAUGUAUUGGACUCACCAAUUCCUUUGGUUUUGGCGGUACUAAUGCAACACUUUGUAUUGCUGGCAUGUAGGACAAAUCAUUUGUAAUUAAACAUUGAUUUCUUAAAAUGUUAUAGACUAUAUUAAGCAGAGAAAUAAAAUGUUUAUAUAAAUAUAUCAA